AUGUCUAAACGAGAUCAUCAAGAGGAUACCAGUUAUGUGCCCCUGAAGAAACCAAAAUCAACUAAAAUCAGUUCCUUCUAUCCCCAGCAUGAGUUGAGCACAACGUCUGUAUCAUUCAUUGCGUCCACUCAAGAAAAGGUGUUUGUCGGUACUGCUGAUGGAACGCUUCAAUUAUGGAACAGAAAUUCCGAAAACAAAGGCUCAAACCUUUUACCCACCUUAAAGAAAUCGCUCGCAGUGUUUGCAAACAAGCCCGUGACAUCCGUCUCUGUCUCACCCAGUGGAUACACAGCAAUAUGCUUUUCCAGUACUAUGCAAAAAGCCGUAGUGGUUGACUUACGUUUGUUGGACGUAAGUCAUGUGGUCGAACUCUCUUUCAAACCUGAUCUGCUUAAUUGUAUCUUCAUUAACAACGAGAGUGUGAUUAUCUCUAAUAAGACUCACAUCUAUACUCUUAACACCGAGACUCUGGAACUUAAAGAGGGCCCUUCAAUUCACAAAUCUGAUAUCUUGUGUUUGGUAUAUAAUACUAAAUCCCAAUAUGUAAUUUCUUCCGAUAUCAAGGGUCUAAUAGAGUACUGGAAUUUAAACGGUGAUGAUAACAGUCUGCUUUUAGGAGUAGAAUUCCAGUAUAAAGGUCAAACCGAUCUUGUAAUUCAUGCACGAUUGAAAACCAACUGUAUAUCCAUGACUAUCAACUCUGAAGGACUGUUAUUGGCCACAUUAUCUUCCGAUAACAUCAUAAGAAUAUUCCAUGUUCCUAGUGGGAAGGUUCUUCAUACCAUAGCAGGGCCCUUGAAGGUAGGCACGACGAUGACCUUUAAACUGAAUCAACUUUUCUAUAGUCGAAAUGAUCAACUUGUUGUGUAUGACGCUGAUACUGGACUUGAGUUGCAAAUAAUUGAAUUUCAAUUGAAUCAACCAAUUGAUCAGUUUAUUGUAUUCAUAAACAAAUCGGAAGCAAGGCUGUUUGAUAACAGAGAUUUUCUGAUCUUAUUAAGAACUAGUGGUAGUCAAAAUAUUGUGGUUUAUGGUCAAACAGAGAAGAAGACAGAGAGCAAAGCUUCACCCAACAAUUCUCAGAACAAAACCAUUAUAAUGAAUACUUCGUUGGGGCAACUCACAAUUAAACUCUUUGUAUAUCAAGUCCCUAAAACUUGUGAAAACUUUAUCAAACUUUGCCAAAAGAAAUAUUAUGAUAAUGUCAUCUUCCAUCGAAUAAUUAAAGGGUUUAUGAUUCAAACAGGCGAUCCGUUGGGUGACGGAACUGGAGGUGAAUCUAUUUGGGGAGACUAUUUUGAGGAUGAGUUUUCUGGUGAAUUAACUCAUUGUAAGCCGUUUAUGGUUAGUAUGGCUAAUGCUGGACCAAAUACAAAUGGCUCACAAUUCUUUAUAACAACCGGAAAAGCCCCUUGGCUUGACAAUCAACAUUCUGUGUUUGGUGAAGUUGUACAAGGAUUUGACGUGGUAAAGAAGAUAGAGGAAGCUCCAACAGAUGGUGAUGAUAAACCAAUUGACCCAAUUUAUAUUCUUUCCACUAAAAUAGUUUAA